AUGCCAAAGCGUGAUAUCGAUCAGGUUGUCGAUGCAGACCCAGUCAAGUCUCGGGUCAGGGAAUCCAUUGCCGUCCAAGCUUGCGAAUCGUGCCGGCAGAAGAAGGCUCGAUGCGAUGAGGGCUUGCCAAAAUGCGGCGCCUGCAGCCGCGCAGGGAUCGAUUGCAUUUACGCGGAGCGCCGCUUGACCAAGAAGGAUCAGUCCUUGCAGAUAGCAAUCAACUCCAUACGCCGGCUGGAAUCGAAGAUCGAGCAUCUGACGCGCGCUGUGACCGACCUGGCGGCCAAGGCGCCUCAGCCGUCGUCUGCAAAUGCAUCCGACGUCCCAGAUCUCGCCGUCGCCACGGCCCCAACGACGGCAACCGGCGAGCCUGAUCCCGAGUCCAAUGCGCUGUCUCUUCCCUUGCACGCUUCGUAUCACAAGAUAUCGUUCAGUCAACAUGGAGUCAUUCACUGGCCCGCCGUUCUCAAGGCCCUUCCCGCCGACUUCGUGAACAGGAUCCGCGAGUUGCCCAAGAACUAUGCUGUCGAGCUUGAGCGCUGCCGCAGUCCCUUGCCCAGCGAGACCGCCCUGUUCACCGACAUCUCUGCCCAGGACUGGCUCAACAACCUGCCGUUCCGGAUCGUGCGAAGCUUGACGGACGCAUUCUUCUCGACCUUCAAUGGGCUCUAUCCUGUUCUCGACAGACGUCAUUUCUUCUCCUCUACACUAGGUGCUGCAUUGGACGCCAACUUUGACUAUUCCAUUGAGUCUACUAUCGUGCUUCUGGUUCUUGCUCUGGGCUGUCUGGCCGUCGAAGGGCACCGCGAAGGCAACUACCCUCUUGGAAAGGCCUCGCGGGGCGACGAAUGCUUCUGUGCUCCAGAUUGGUACCCUGCGAUCUUGGGUGAAAUGUAUCCGGGACUGAGCUUCUUCAAUGAAGCGCGGAAACGGAUGGGAUUCCGUACCGGAUCCAACAAUCUCGACAAUUGCCAGGUGUACUUGCUUUGCGCCUUCUACUAUACCCAGAUCCUCCGUCCCAUUGAUUCAUAUCUCAUGCUGGUACGUGCUGCGUCAUGCUCUCUGAUGACGUUGACUUGUUCGGAUCCCAUCGACUUUGACACUUGGAAAGGCGACAUGGAAUCUCGCGUUUUCUGGUGUUGUCUGAUGUACGAGACAAUCUUGGUUCAAGAACUUGGAGUUCCCAAAAGUGGUCUUGCUGAUUUUGAGGCGUCGGUGCCCCUGCCAAAGUUCAAGCCUUUCAAGAGUCCUGAUUCCGAAGACAACGAUGAUGCAUUUUUCCACUAUCAUUUUCUGGCACAAGCGGCAAAUCGCAUCAUGUUAACGCGCAUUGCCAACUCCCACUAUUUUUACGAUGACCGCGGCGACCUGCCCUCUCCGCGAAUACAGUCGGAGCUUCUUCAUCAGAUCGCGCAGUGGAAGGCUAGCCUGCCUGCAGCUCUGCAGUUUGGCGACGAGCCGAUGCCAGAAAGGUCUUUGGACCCUGGGCAUGCUCUUGCCGAGGCCCUCCUCCGCAGUCGACACAAGGUCAUCCACUUUCACCUGGGGCGACCGUAUCUGUACAAAGCCUUGCACAACCCCAGUAAGCUUACAACUCACGAUCUAGAAGCUUGCCAUGCCACAUGGGUCGCGGCUAUGCAUUGGCCCAUGGUUUCCGGCGCAUGCAAGAUGAUGAAAAGCUGCAUGUUGAUCAAAUUUGGAUGGGUAAGCCAAUUGUUUGGCCAGCUUGUCACAAUGUACUGUUUCGCAACUUCGUCAGAUCAUCGCCUCCGGGACACGUUGCCACCUGGUUGGAUGCAAUGGUGGGAAGAAAUAAUCGAAUUGCUUGAGUACGCAGCUAUACACAGCCCUACCGCAGCGGUGGAUUUAGAGCUAGCUCGUUCAUUACAAAGCGCUCUCGUUGGAUACCAGGUUAGGGGCUAG